AUGUCUGAGUUAGAUCAGGACAUUGCACCCAUCCCCGUUCUCGGGAGGAGAACCAGGAGCGGUAUGUACCUCUUGUCUUAUGUUGCUUUUAUUGCGGCCUCGCGUCGAAAGGAUCGCAGUCUUGAUGCUCGUCUGGAGUCUGCUAAUCGUGCUUCUCAACUGCAUAAGAAGCGCACUGGCAAGGCUUUCCAUAUCACUAAAGAAAUUGUGGAAAAAGAAGCCAUGUAUGAAGAAGUCGAUGAACGUUACCAGGAAAAGCGGAUUCGUAUGCUGCAAGCCCAAAAUAUGCAGAUUGAAGAGCAAUUUCACCGUCAUCUCCUGGCUGCUUUCGCUGCUCGAGCCAAUAGUUCAGGUCACGGUCACGGUCACGGUUCAAGUGGCUCAUCUAUCGCCAGUCGACGUGCAAGCUAUGCUCCCCAAGCCUCUGUUGAAGGCAGUGUUUCAUCGCGGAAAAUGAGUUUGGAUCUCAGUAAUCUGCGAUCCCCAUUCAGACAAUCUAUGGACGCUGGUUCAUUAGCCAGUCCAGCUAUGACUACUGGUGAUGGCUAUGUGUUAUCUCCAUCAACUACGACUACUUUUGAUUCGAGUGCCCAGUCAUACAUGACCUGUCUCGAUGGAUCUGAGGGAACCCAUUACUCCAACAUGGUGACAACCGCCAAUCCUUCCGGUCAAGUGCCCGCAUAUGUGACCCAAACUCAGACACCGACUUGGAGUACCCAGAUGGCACCCGCAUGGACAAUGCAACAGCACAUCCCAACCCCCAACCAUACACCGACCGAUUCCCACGCUGUACAUAUGUGGCAGCAGCAAAUGAUGCAGCAAGCCCAGAUGCCCACCGACACCGCUUCUGCAAUGCACAUGCGCCAAUUCAGAGACAGACUCGCUUCUGCCCCCGAGUUACCCGUUACUCAAAUUGCAACCCCUUCAGCGACCCCUGCUAUCGCGCCAACUGCAACUGCUUCUAUCUCAGGACCAAGCGGCCACUCCCGUGGUCACUCCCAGCCUAGUAACAAUUUCCACAAUCUCCACCUGCUUACUCAGAGCACGCACCUCGCUCAGGCUCAUAUGGCUCUUCAAUCCAGUACCAGCUCACCGAAGAUUGAGACUUUCUCGGCAGAGACCCAAUCUACUCCUGACUUUUGUCCGACCCCCAAUACCCCACUCUCCCCGAUGGCAGUGGGUCAAGUUCAGCCUGUGAAGGAAGAGGGUGAUGGGGUUAUGGUCUCAGUCUCGCACGAGCAACUAGAUCCGGAUUUUAAUGAGUUCAGUCAGUUUGCAUUGGGAUUGGAUGGAAAUUCGUCACUUCAGGAUCGGGAGCCAUUCGGCUUCGAGGAUUUUGUCACUUUAGACGAGUUUGCUACCGUCUCGUGCUGA